GCCUAGGCAAAAGUAUAAAGCCGAACCGGCGCCAGUUGCUGCUGACUAAAGCCACGAAGCGGACGUUCAACUAGAGAUACGAGGAAAAUGGCCAAGCCUGGUUUAUUGCUGUUAUUGCUGGCGGUGAUUGGCACCUGUGUGGCUGUUACACUGGCGGCCGGCGACUGUCCCUCAUCGACCAAGGUGACAAACUGCACGCCCAAGUGCCUGCAUGACAGCGAGUGCAGCGCCAUUGGCGGCAAAUGUUGUCCAAAUCUGUGCAACGGGCGCAGCUGUGCAUCGCCUAAUUUGCUGGGCAACUCGGGCGCCGAUAGCUCGCCCUUUGGCAGCAAGAACUCUGGCUCCACGGGCACAUACUGCGGCAAUGUCAAGUGCGGCAGCUUCGAGAAAUGCGAAACAGAUCGCAGCACCAAGCGGCCCAAAUGCGUGCGCUCCUAACUCAUAGCCAACAAGUUUUUUUUUCAAAUGGAACUAUUAAAUCCCAAAUGUAAUAUUU